AAUCGGUACAAGAUGGCGGAGGGGGACGAGGCAGCGCGGAGGCAGCAGGGGCUGCGGCGCCGGCGACGGACCAGCGACCCGAACGGGGUUAACCACGUCUCGUCCACGACGUCCCUAGGUGAGGAUUAUGAAGAUGAUGACCUAGUAAAUUCUGAUGAGGUUAUGAAGAAACCAUGUCCAGUGCAGAUUGUUCUUGCUCAUGAAGAUGACCAUAACUUUGAGCUUGAUGAAGCAGCUUUGGAAAAGAUACUGCUGCAGGAGCACAUACGAGAUCUUAACAUAGUAGUGGUAUCCGUGGCAGGAGCUUUUCGUAAAGGGAAAUCAUUUCUAUUGGACUUCAUGCUUAGAUAUAUGUAUAACAAGGAUUCUCAAAGUUGGAUUGGUGGAAACAAUGAACCACUGACUGGCUUUACAUGGCGAGGUGGCUGCGAAAGAGAAACAACGGGCAUACAAGUCUGGAAUGAAGUGUUUGUGAUUGACCGACCUAAUGGAACAAAAGUGGCUGUGCUGCUAAUGGAUACACAGGGUGCCUUUGAUAGCCAGUCAACUAUCAAAGACUGUGCAACAGUGUUUGCUCUGAGCACUAUGACUAGCUCUGUCCAGGUAUAUAAUUUGUCUCAGAAUAUUCAAGAAGAUGAUCUUCAACAUUUGCAAUUAUUUACAGAGUAUGGCAGACUUGCAAUGGAAGAAAUCUACCAGAAACCAUUUCAGACAUUAAUGUUCUUGAUUCGAGAUUGGAGUUACCCUUAUGAACAUUCAUAUGGUUUGGAAGGUGGAAAACAAUUCCUUGAAAAGAGAUUGCAGGUUAAACAAAAUCAACAUGAAGAGCUCCAGAAUGUAAGGAAGCACAUUCACAAUUGUUUCUCAAAUCUUGGUUGCUUCCUUUUGCCACAUCCUGGUCUUAAAGUUGCAACUAAUCCUAGUUUUGAUGGGAGAUUGAAAGAUAUUGAUGAGGACUUUAAACGAGAGCUUCGAAAUCUGGUUCCAUUGCUGCUUGCCCCUGAAAAUUUGGUAGAAAAAGAGAUCAGUGGAUCUAAAGUCACUUGUAGAGAUCUUGUAGAAUACUUUAAGGCUUACAUUAAAAUUUAUCAAGGAGAGGAACUUCCACAUCCAAAGUCCAUGCUUCAGGCAACAGCUGAAGCUAAUAAUCUUGCUGCAGUAGCAGGAGCAAGAGAUGUCUAUUGCAAAAGUAUGGAACAGGUAUGCGGUGGCGACAAGCCUUACAUUGCACCUUCAGAUCUGGAGCGAAAACACUUGGAUCUCAAGGAAGUGGCUCUUAAACAGUUUCGUUCCGUAAAAAAAAUGGGUGGAGAUGAAUUCUGCCGUCGUUAUCAGGACCAGCUUGAGGCUGAAAUUGAAGAAACCUAUGCAAAUUUUAUAAAGCACAAUGAUGGCAAAAACAUCUUCUAUGCUGCUCGUACCCCUGCCACACUAUUUGCAGUCAUGUUUGCUAUGUAUAUAAUCUCAGGACUGACUGGCUUCAUUGGCCUAAACUCUAUAGCUGUCUUGUGUAACCUUAUCAUGGGGUUGGCACUGACAUCUCUUUGUACAUGGGCAUAUGUGAAAUACUCUGGGGAGUUCAGAGAAAUUGGAACAAUGAUUGAUCAGAUUGCUGAAACACUAUGGGAACAGGUAUUGAAGCCCCUGGGUGAUAAUUUGAUGGAGGAAAACAUAAGGCAAUCUGUAACAAACUCCAUCAAAGCAGGCCUGACUGACCAGGUGUCUCAUCAUGCCAGAUUAAAGACAGACUGACAGUUCAUCUCCUCAUGGACUCCACUCUCCCUUUUUUUCAUGCUUGCUGUACAAUGAGAACUCAAAUAAAAAUAAACCAAAGUUUACAAUCAACUGUAGAAGUAGUUUAGUAUAACUGGCUUCACAGAUGGCUGCCACAGAGUGUGACAAUUGUUUGUUGGUUUUAAGCGUUCUGUUCACGGCUCCAAAGACAUGGAGAUUGGCUGAGGAGCGUUAGUUUCAUCACGCACAUUUGUGCCAUGUUUAAUCCUUUCCCCCCCCUUUUUCUUAAUCUAAUGUUAGUGAACUUUGUCUUAUGUAAAAGGAUAUUUCAGGGAAAUAUUUUAAGAAAUCUAUUCAGAGUCUCUUUAACACAGUGUCCCAUUGAAAUUUUAAUUUUUAGAGAAGUUAUGAAUCACUGUAUCAAGAAUCAGAUGGGAAUGACAAUGAAGCCUUUAUUGAGCCACUACAUUAAAAGUAUAUAUUGCUUUACUGCCUUCAAUACCAGUAUUACAUAAAUGCAUGUGUCAGAAACUUCACAGCAAUCACAUGACAACUCUUGUAGCUAAGAAAGUGAUUCUGAGGUGUACAUUUGUCUUGCCUUUUUAAAUUUAUAAACCUGCCCUAAAAGGAGAUGCAUAUCUGGGAAACUGAACUGUCUUUAUGCAGUUUCGCCUUCAUGUACAUAAAAUAUGCCAUUAAUUUUAUUGGGGGAGAAAUUCCAUCCAAAAAUGUUGCCUACAGCUAUGAGUUAAGAGUGUCUGUACAGUGUGUAGCUUUUAUUUUCUAAAAUCACAGAUAGGGCAUGUAUAUGAAUUAUAAAUAUAUAAAUACGAUUUUGUAUUAAAAGUUUUGUAGUUUAUGGCAAAAUCUGGUUCUGUGGUAGGCUAAUAAGUACAGUCCCUGUGAAGGAAUGUUUGUGGCUCAUGUCCGUGUGUGAAUGCAUAGACAAUUUGAAGUUUUUGAUAUAUUUGUGAUAUUUAUCUUCCUUGAGCACUGCAAUCUCACCCCACCCCCAAGGGAAUUCAAUGGGAAUGUUUAUCGUGACUUUGUCCUCUGUUGCAUUUUAAAGUUAUUUCCUGUAAUUUAUUUUCAGUACAUAAUUAAAAAUUUGUUGUAUAUAUAAAA